AUGUUAUUCUGUAAACCUAUUGAAGGCAAUACUACAGCAAGUGAAGUUUUUAGUAUGAUUGAUAAAUUUUUCAAUGAAUAUAACAUUCUGUGGGAGAACUGUGUUGGACUAUGCACAGAUGGAGCUCCAUCUAUGGCAGGAAAAAACGCUGUUCUACAGGCACUAGUUCGAAAGGUGGCUCCUCGGGCAAGUUGGACGCAUUGCAUGAUUCAUAGACAAUCACUUGUUUCAAGAGAUAUGGGUGAAGAUUUACUAACAGUAUUUCAAGUUAUUAUAAGAGUUGUAAAUUUUAUCAAAAAUAGCCCAUUAAGAGGAAGGCUUUUCGCAAAAUUGUGUAAUGACAUGGGUUCAGAAUAUACAUCACUUCUAUAUUAUUGUGAGGCACGUUGGCUUUCUCGUUCCAAAGUACUUCAAAGGGUGUUUGAGCUAAAAGAAGAGAUCGCCAUAUUCCUUACUGAUAAUAAUAGAGAUGAAGCAAACUUGUUUUAUGACACGAAAUUCCUUGUAAAACUUGCGUAUUUAGUGGAUAUUUUUCAAAGACUCAGUACUUUAAAUAAAUCAAUGCAAGGGCCUCAAAUUCAUGCUUUUGUCCAGAAAGACAAGGUUACUGCAUUUAUGAGAAAAUUGGAACUGUGGAUAAUAAGUUUGAAAAAUAAUAACUUUGACAUGUUUCCCACUUUUAAAAUUACCUGUCUUGCAGAUGAAAUAGAAGAAAGUAAAGUUCUUAUUAAUAAACACUUGACCAGUUUAAGGGAGCAAUUCUCGUUUUACUUUAAAGAUCUUGACAUGUCCAAAUAUGAAUGGAUUAGAAACCCGUUUGUGAUUGAAAAAUAUGAUGAUUUUGGCCUUACGACAGCAGAGCAGGAAAUGAUAAUUGACUUAUCUAGUGACAGCACAUUAAAGCAGAUGUUUCAACACGAAAAUAAUAUUGUCACGUUUUGGUUACGAGUAAAGGACGAGUUUCCUACUUUAACAAAUAAAGCUUUAGAAAUUUUAUUGCCCUUUGUAACAUCUUACUUAUGUGAAACUGGGUUUUCUGCAGUAGCUGUCUUAAAGACAAAGUAUCGAUCUUGCUUAAAGAUUGAAAAGGAACUGAGAACCGCGAUAUCUUCAAUGAUACCACGGUUUGACAAAAUUUGUGCUGAAAAACAAGCUCACCCUUCACAUUAA